AUGGCCAUAAUCGAAGAGUUUCCUCCUUUCAAGCUUUGCGCCCUAUGCAAGGGAAUCUUCCCCAGUGCUGACGACCCAAACGUCGAUGACAAUAUCCAAAGCCAGAUAUGGACGAAUGAUGAGGGUUACUACUUCACGCGGACACGGGAAGAGAUCGAGCGAGGAGCUAUUGAGAGUUGUGAAUUCUGUACAGACAUCGUGCAGAAUGAUAGAGCGUACAGGAAGAGCUGCUCUCCAGAUCGCCAACACGAAACGAUUGGCCAGGAGAAUGACUGUGAGGGGAGUGCGGAUGAGAGCUACGAGGAAAGCGAACAGGAGAGUGAGGUGGGAUCACAAUCUGCGGAACCUGAUGAGGACCCAGACUACGUCACCAUGUUUUCAGGGCCGCGAGCCGGUUGGUUUCCUCCGAUGGAAGAGAGACUCGAAUUCAGGAUCAAGUUUCACUCCGAAGACAAACAUCUAGCUGUCUACGACUCAAAUGGCCUGUUGAUAGGCCACAACCCGGCAUCCAAACUCAUCCAUGCUCAGGCAACACUCGCAGAGUUCGGGUCGGACGAAACCUUUGGGGCCGUACGACAGUGGCUGGGUGAAUGCGUUGACAACCAUCCAGAAUGCCCCGGUAACGCCCCGAGAGAGCUACCAACGAGGGUCAUCAUGGUCUCACCACUGGGGGUCGACGUUUCGGCGCGCUUGUGCGAGACCCUCGGCAAAACAGGACAAUAUUGCGCCCUGAGCUAUUGCUGGGGCGGUGACCAGCUUCACAAGACUACCCGCGAGAAGUAUGCCGCAUAUCUUCGAGAGUUACCAUACGAAGAGCUACCACAGACCAUCCGAGACGCCUUCCAAGUGGCCCGGUCCGUUGGAGUAAGAUACAUAUGGAUUGACUCACUUUGCAUCGUGCAAGACGAAAAGGAAGACGUUGCUCGAGAGAUGGCAAAGAUGUUCCAGAUCUACUUCAACAGUUGCUUCACGAUCUCGGCAGCCAGCGCGUUGACUUGCAGGGCCGGUUUUCUCAAGCGACUGCCAGUAAACGAUACGGGACUCUUCUUUCUCCCCAUUCGCGUGGACAAGAGCACCAAGGGUUCCGUUCUACUGUCUAGGGAGGGACCCUACUGGGCCAUGAUUGGGGCAUACCCACAGCCCAUCAACGACCGAGCGUGGACGCUCCAAGAGGCGAUGCUCACACCUCGACUUCUCAUCUUUACCGGCAUGGAUGUCAUCUGGAAAUGCCAAGCUGGCUUUGGACCAGAAACGGCCGAGCACCCCAGAGCCGCUAACGAGAUUCACAUUGAGAAUGUGUACGGGCCUCCUAACGAGAGCCGGUGGUUUCCGGCACUUGUAGAUUGCGGUUACAACUUCAUUUCUAUAGGAGGCGAUGAAGGCCGUCCCUCACGCUCAGGUGAUGACUUGGAGGUUUUACAAGAGCAAUGGUGUCUCCUAGUGGAAAACUACACCAAGCGCAACCUCACCGUCGCAACGGACAAACUUCCUGGCAUCUCCGCCAUCGCCCGACUGUUGGCUCCCAGGCUGAAGAGUGAUUAUCUAGCAGGGCUUUGGAGACAAAACUUGGCCUUCGAUCUGAUGUGGAGUAUACAUCGAUUCCCCCGCCCAGAAGCGUGCAAGUCAGGCAGCCCGUCUUGGUCUUGGGCUUCUGUGCAGGGCACGAUCGAGUAUGUAGGCCGGAGACUCGUGGACAGCGCGGCUGAAGUCAUCAGCUGCAGUGUGGAUUUGGCAUAUCCUCGGGACCCGUAUGGGGCUGUUACGGGCGGCUUGCUCGAGAUCCGGGGACACCUUACUCAGGUGUCGAAGGAAGACUUGCACAGGGAGCAUGGCCGGAUUGAUUAUAAGAUGGACUCCAUUGGUGUCUCCCCGAGCCUUCGCUCCUGUAAAGGGAAACAAUCCCCAACACUCUGGUGCUUGACUCUCGGUUAUGGGAAAGGGAUGAUGAGAGGAUGGUUCUAUUCUCUCAUUUUGGUCAAGGAACCGGGCUGGGAUAAUCGUUAUCGACGGGUUGGGUUUCUUGAGACUGAUGCCGGGUGGUCUCCAGAAGGGCGGGAAGACUUCGAGAAAGAGACUAUCACUAUAAUCUAA